AGAUUUAAUAUAAAUAAAUUGUAAGCGAGAAGAUUUGGAAGUCCAAAAAAACUCUAUGGCGAAACCUGGUGGCAGCGAAGAGGAUUGGGGAGGAUUUAGCAGUGGGGAUGAAUUAACUCCGAAAUCCAGCACUCAGUCUGCAGCUGUGAUCGACAUGGGAGCGAUAGACAGUGCUUCCUCUCUUACUUCUAGUUUCGAAGAUAUUUCUGACACGGCCCAAGCAAGGCAUCGGGAUACAGAGACAAGUGAUCCUACUGGUGUUAUGGGGGGUCUUGGUGGGGGUAUCGGAAAAGUUGUCGCAGAUCAGUUUCUACAAUCCGGCCGACAGCAGGCUCGCAGGAUAUUUGAUCUGUACGGGAACAUUGAUAUUCUUCGACCGUAUUUUGAUGUCGAGCCUAAGAUUCUCGCAAACCGACUUCUGUACUCUUUCGUUCCGGUCAGGUCUCUAGCCACACCACAGAAAAUACCGAGUGAACUAUACGGACCUUUGAUGACGGUUUUCACUAUGGUUGCAAUAUUGCUAAUGACAAUGAAGGCAUCUGGGACUGUACUGCAACAAGGAACGCUCAUGGGCACGGCAUUUGGAAUUUGCUUUGGAUAUUGGGUCGGGGUGUCGGGCUUCAUGUACUUUCUGGCUUAUCUCUGUAACACUUACAUAAGCUUAGUUCAGUGCUUGUCAUUACUGGGAUACGGUAUGGUAAGCCAUUGCAUUAUUCUUCUAUGUGGACACAUUACGCAUUACACACAUACAAUGUUUUAUCUACUGUGGUUGACACUGGCUGGAGCUGCAGCAUUUAGAAUGAUCACUAUUAUGCUUUCCCGUACAGUCGGCAAUUCACAAAGGAUUCUACUCUGUGCCAGCAUAGCUUGUCUUCAUAUGCUGUUUCUUUUAUAUCUGCAUUUUGCUUAUCAUACAGUGGUUGAGAUUAUUAUCGACGCCAUUGACAUGAAGCACUUACAUCAAAUUGCUAACACUGUUGCUAUAGAUACGGGUAGACUCAAAGACGGAGCUGAAGCCUUGGGGAACGAAUCUCUAACCGCUUGAUCGAAAUUUAUUCAUAUAUAUAUAUAUAUAUAAUUACUGUA